UUCUGACAGAUCAGCAUAAAUAUUUUGUUUACAUUUUAUCGUUUAUUUGUCACUGUUAUGCGUAAUUAAAACGUAAAACCAUGUGGCACAAAUAGUUGAUAAGUAUUUUCCCCGUGAAAUGCGACGGGAUAUUGGUGUAGAAUGUUAUAUGCUCAGUGUUGGAUGACAUGUGGUAUUUGAUGGAAAAUGUACAAGAAACAUACCAACUGUCGGAAAGACUCAUCCGCGCCAUUAGCAACUGGCACACAUUUUCUGGCCCGGACAACAUCGAGGAGCUGAUUGAGUCCGGGGCCGACGUAAACCAACAACACGGCACGCUGCUACCUCUACAUUGCGCCUGCAUGGUCAGCGACAACUAUGCAUUACGCUUGCUCCUCGAAAAAGGAGCUCGGGUAAACCAGGUGGACGGCUAUGGCCGCAUGGCUCUGCACUAUGCUGCUGAGAGGGACGUGUUCUGUGUCGAAAUCCUCCUUCAAUAUGGCGCCGACAUUAACUGCGGCGACGGAAACCGCGACUCGCCGUUACACUGGGCUGCGUACAAGGACAACGUCGCGUGCGUCAAACUGCUGCUCCAGCACGGUGCGGAGGUCGAUAUUCAGGACUACAACCUCGACACGCCCCUCGGCUGGGCGGCAAAACGCGGUCAUCUAGAGGUCAUCAAAAUUCUGCUCGAAUACAACGCCAGCGUGCACUGGAAGAAUUUACGCGGCGACACGCCUUUAAUUCGGGCCGCGACCAUUCAGGCGAUGGGGUUGGGAAUGGCGGCCGACGAUGCGUGUCUCGAGUUGUUGAUACGAGCUGCGGGACAGUUUGAGUUGAGGGACAACGAUGGCGAGCUGGUUCGCGGCAUCGGGCAGGAUAACAAGAUGAAUGAACUGCUGAUGCCGCUGUGUCGAAAUCCGAGGAAGCUGAAGGAUAUCUGCCGUUGUAAAAUACGGACCUGUCUAGGGCAUCGGUACCUGCCAAACGUCAUACCGAAACUGCCACUUCCGCUGAGUUUAAGAGAGCAUAUUCUGUUACAGAGAUGAACACUGUCUUAUCUUUUGUUUUGUGGUUGUGUUUAGUGUUUUCUUUUUCUAUUUAGUAAUCAGGGCUUCUAGAAAUUUUACAAAAUCCACUAGCCAUGGGAUCAGUGAUUAAAAUGUUUUACUAGCCACAAUUAAAAAUUCACUAGCCAUACUUUACUUUAAAUUAAUACAAUUUUACUAAAUAAUAGUAAUAAUCAGAUGUGUCACCUAAAGAGCAAGAUAGAGUUUUGAAAUACUAACAUUGGGGGGUUGGGGUGGAUGCAGUAUAUUCAUAUUUACAAAAUAGAUUUAACUGCAACAUUUGGCAAAACAAAAUUCACUAGCCAUUGGGCAAGGCAAUAGUAGUUAUUUACUAGCCCAAUAUUGAAUAUUACUAGCCAUGGGAGUGGGGCUACCAUAAUCUAGAAGCCCUGGUGCUUUCUUUUUGUAUUUAGUAUAACAGGGCUCGAACGCACCAACGGCAAUUGCCGCCAUUGCAAUGCGAAAACACUUGCAAAGAGGAUGCUUUGUUGUCUAACAGAGCUUAAGAGACUAUUGUGAAUUAGGCUCUGGUGUAUAUUAUCUGCCAAUAUUUGCACCUUUAAAAGAUGUCUACAUAUAACAAGAUAGGAUUUCAGUCGGAGUUAUUUGCUGCAAAUAUCACUUUUUUAAAAUUGCCAUAGGCAGGCUCAAAAUUGCCGUCGGUGGACUGUUUCACCCAUGGCAAUUCUUUUAAAAAUUGCAGUUGGAGACAAAUUCUUAAGUUUGAGCACUGUUUUAAAAAACAUUAUCAUAGGCAGGCUCAAAUUUGUCGUCUUUACAAAAUUGCUGUGGAAGACAAACUCUAAGUUCGGGCCCGAGUACAAUAUCUUUCCAUUUUUUUUACAAUACAUGUUUACGGAAACGGUUUCAACAGUGUUUGAAUUUGAGUGGCAGGGAACAUUUUGUUCGGUAUCAUGUCGCGAUUCGCUAAGCAAGUUUUAGUGAUCACUAUACAAUUUUAAAACAUUAAACCGUAUUUGCUAAUCAAUUUUCAACUGACUAGAAAUAUUGCUAAUCAAGAUUUUGAAAACAAAAUAUUUCCUGAGUGGUCAUCAUGAAAAGCCUUUAAAGGGACACACCCUAGUUUUUAAACACUAAGGCAUAUUUUUAGACUAUUAUAUAGCCAUUUUUUGAUAACAAAAAUCAUACUUUACUUAGAUUUUAUGGUUUAGAUUAUCAGUUUCCAUACAUUCGAAGUGUUUUUGGUCUUCCUAGUGUUUUUAAUAUCACAAAAUGCAUUUUUCAUAUUUUUUUUAAACACACAUGUUUCUGGGAAGUAACAGUUUUGGGAGUCGAGUUUUAGUCUAUUUUUAUGGUGUAUUUCAUCAUUUCAAAGUCACAGACUCAUAUUUCACUCAAUUGUAACUUUAUCCAAAUGUGUUACAGGUUUGUAGAUUAACUAAACUUAGUGUUAAUUUUCACGGGUUCAAACUAGGGUGUCCCUUUAAGCGAUAAUUGUCCAGAUCAUAAAAUUAAGUUUGUGUAAAGAAUAUAUUGUGAAGUAGAUUUCAGGGCCCAGCAUUUCACACAAACUCUCAUUAUGUUCACAUGUUGAUUUACACAAAUUUAAAUAUAUGUUCACUGUUAACCUGUUAAGUAGUGAACUGUUAGUGUGUCACUUUCUGGAAUUAAAAGUUGCAAACUUCACAGGAUGACUAAUUUCAAUGCAAAUUUUAGGAAACUGAUUUGGUUACAUGAAUACAAUCCACAUAACCAUAUAACUGGUUGCCUGGGUGAAAAUAAUGUAAACCAAUUUUGAAACUUUGUUCUCUGGAUUCACCAAGGGUGUACAUGUAAUUUAGAAAUUAAUUUACUAACUUGGUACAACAAUUUUCUGAUAUCUAUAUUCAUCCCUUAUAAGACUUAAGUUAGUUGCUUGCAAAAUUAUGAAUUGAAAUUUAUUUUUCAAAAACUUGAUAUGAGAAUGAAUUUGUUUCAUUAUUCGGUUAAUUUUUGCUUUUGUUCGGCAUCCAUUAGCCAACGAUUAAUUAAUCAGUGUGCUCUAACGGUGGUGUUAAGCAAAACAAACUUUAACUAGACCACUUGAGUUUGGGAAAAAUUACUUUUAUUGUUGUAGUUUGAAAUGUGAUGUCGUGUUGAACGAUCAUAGGUGGGAUCUAGCUCACUCAGUAGAACGCUCGCCUGAGGUCCUUGGGUUAAAGGAUUUAAACUCCUCGGAUACUGUUUUUCCCCCACCUAAACCAGUUCCCCAUGAACGAUGUGUCAAAGUAUGUUGUAUGUACUGUUCUGUCUAUGGAAAGUGCACAGUAAAAAUCUGUUGCCAAAUGGGGAAAAUGUAGCAGGUUUUCUCCCAAGAUUGUCAAAAUUACAAAAUGUUUGACAACAGUAGUCGAUGGCUAAUUACCGGAUGUGCUCUAGUGGUGUCUUUAAACAAAACAAACUUUAAAUCAAACAUUCCUUUCCUUGCUUUUCUUCUUCACACAAAACCAGAUACAAUAGUUGAUGGCUGAUCAACAGAUGUGCUCUAGUGGUGUCUUUAAAUCAAGCAUUCCUUUCCUUGCCUACUUCCCCUUUACACAAUACCAGAUAGGAGUUUUAAAUUCUAUCACCCUCCAGUUAUAAUAAAACCAUGUUUCCUGUUUAUUUGUAGUGUUCACAUGUUAAAAUGUAGACAAAGACUCGAAACCAUCUACCAGUGUACAUGUAUACAUGUUUGUUAAUUAAUGUACAUAGUGCAGUGUACGAAUAGAAAAAAUGUACACCUCAGUGCCGGAUUUAUAAGGGGGCAAAGGGGCCAAUUGCCCCGGGCCCCCCAGACUAAGGACUUCCUUUAUUAAUUUUUUUUAAUAAUUAUAAAAUUAAUUCUUUUUUUUUUAAAUCCACUAGCUAUGGGAUCAGUGAUUUUUAAAAUUUAUCAACCACGAUUCAAAAUUCACUAGCCCUAAAGAGGAAGACCGAGCUUAAAAGCACUAACAUUGGGGGUUGGGUGGGGUCAGGAUAUUCAUAUUUACAAAAUAAGACUGAACUGCAACAUUUCACAAAUUAUUUUUCACUAGCCAUCUGGCAUGGCAAUAAUAGUUAUUUACUAGCCCAACAUUGAAUAGCACUAGCCAUAGGAGUGGGGCUACAUAAUCUAGAAGGCCUGACGUAGUACAGUUUGUACAGAAAAACACAAGACCAUAGAUAUCUAGUACAGUGUGCAUAGAAAAACACUCAACACCAUAUUGCAGGGCUCACACUGGAAAAAAAAAAACAUUUUGAUUUAGCACGAUUUUUAGAUAUAUGUACAUGUAUGUCAAGUAUUUCUUUGAAAAUUAUUAAAAGGUGGUUAAUUUAA